UCCUGCUGCUGCAGCAACAGACAUAACAUUGGCAUUAUGGAUGCACUGACUUCUGAAACUCAGAAUCGAAAGCGGAUCAAAGAAGUGGAGAGUGCUUUCAGUCCAUCAGGGGUGCAGCUUUCCAUACCAGAUCGGGUUCUGGUGGGCGAGGGCACCCUGAUGAAGCAGGGUCGCAAGAAGUGGGAGCAGAAAGCGUUCUUCCUCUUUAGUGAUAUCCUCGUGUACGGCAGCAUCCUCAUGAACAACCGUUGGUACAAGAAACAGAAGGUCAUCCUUUUACAGGACAUCAAGCUGGAAGACAUGGAGGAUGGCGAAGAUUCUAAGCACCAGUGGCUAAUCUGCACACCUUGCAAGUCCUUCUUUGUUUGUGCCCCCUCCUACGAGGAGAAGAAAGCCUGGAUUGCCCACAUUGAGGCCUGCCAGCAGGCCCUCCUGCAGGAGCAAGUCCUCCAACCAAACCUCACGCUUGCCAAAACUUGGAUCCCCAACCAUGCCACCCAGAAAUGCAUGCGCUGCUUUGCAACGUUCACCAGCACCAACCGGCGGCACCACUGCAGAAAGUGCGGCUUUGUGGUGUGCAACGGGUGCUCCAAGGGUCGAGCCAUCAUUGAGCACAUUAACCCCAACAAACCGGUGCGUAUCUGCAAGAACUGCAGCAAAACGUGCAAGGCAGAUGAGAAUUUUUGCAAUCGGGGAAACAGCUUUUGGGAUGAUGCAGAAGAAAGAUCCAGUGGUGAUGAAUAAACUAAUUAUAAUAACCACAUUAUAAUAACCACAUUAUAAUAACCACACUGCAAGUUCAAAUUGAAGUGAUGUGACAGAAAUGUAAUACUGUGUGUCCCCUCUUUGGAGAAAAUGUAGCCAAAAGACAAUAUUUAAGGUGUGAUACGGUAUAGAGCAUCAGGAAUCAUUGUUAGGAGAAGCAUGUGUCGAAUGAAAGACUUAAAAUGUUCCCAACAGUGAGGGAGGUGUUGGACACCUGUCAGCUGUCACCUGUGUUUUACAUGAAGAUGUUGAUAAGACAGUCCAAGGCAGCAGAGGAGCAACACAACUGCUAAAAAGACUGUUUGACUCUUGAUCGAUAAGGCUGAGUGAAAUUAAACCUGCUGCAAAAGGCAUAAAGCCUUACAAGACGUAAAGUAUUGGAAAGUAAGCGAUUUAAAAUAUUGGCAUACAGUAUCGGUCAAACGUUUUAGAACGCCUUUCCCAUUUAAUGGUUUUCUGUAUGUUUAUGACUAUUUACAUUGUACAUAGAUUCUCGAUGAAGGCAUCAAAAGAGUGAAUAAACACAUAUGCAAUUAUGU